GUUCAAAAUCUGACCAUCUGGCGUCUAUGCCAAGAGCGAGUGAUCACUGCAGUAAAUGGAAGUCUUCCAGGGCCAACGAUAAAUGUUCGAGAGGGUGACACCCUUGUCGUUCAUGUCUAUAAUUUGUCACCAUAUAACCUAACUAUUCACUGGCAUGGAGUUUUCCAGUUACUAAGUGGGUGGGCCGAUGGACCGGAAUAUACGACUCAGUGUCCGAUGCUGCCUGGACAAAGCUAUAUCUACAACUUCACCAUCACCGGACAGGAAGGCACUCUCUGGUGGCAUGCACACGUCCAAUGGCUUCGAGCAACAGUUUAUGGGGCACUCAUUAUCAGGCCAGGGGCUGGUUCUUCAUAUCCAUUCCCAAAACCCUACAAGGAGGUCCCAAUUGUUCUAGGAGAGUGGUGGAAUGCUAACGUUUUUGACGUGGAAAGCGAAGCAUUAGCUAGUGGUGGUGCUCCUAACAUCUCUAAUGCUUUCACCAUUAAUGGUCAGCCCGGAGAGUGGUGGAAUGCUAACGUUUUUGACGUGGAAAGCGAAGCAUUAGCUAGUGGUGGUGCUCCUAACAUCUCUAAUGCUUUCACCAUUAAUGGUCAGCCCGAUACAUUCAAGUUGAGGGAGGUGGUACAAGGAAAAACCUAUCUUCUACGUAUUGUCAACGCUGCACUCAAUAACCACUUGUUCUUCAAGAUAGCCAAUCACAAAAUGACUGUCGUCGCCGUUGACGCCUCCUACACCAACCCUUAUGUAACUGACGUUGUCGUCAUAUCCCCCGGCCAGACCACCGAUGUCCUCUUGAUUGCCGAUCAGCCACCAGCAUCUUACUACAUGGCAGCACAUGCCUACGAUAGCACAGACGGAGUAGUUGAGUUUGAUAACACCACCACCACCGGAAUAAUCGUCUACGACGGCGCCAUCGAAUCAGCACCCAUAAUGCCGGUGCUACCAGCCUUCAAUGAUACACCCACUGCCUUCAAGUUCUUCAGCAAUCUAACUGGGCUUGUUACUUCACCUUUCUGGGCCCCAGUACCACUAAACGUGGAUGAACCCAUGUUUAUCACUAUUGGUUUGGGCCUUGCAGCAUGUGCAGCAAAUGCUACCUGUGGAGGCCUAUUUGGCCAUAGCUUGGCUGCGAGCAUGAACAAUGCAUCUUUCCAGUUCCCCUCCAAGUUGUCAAUGUUACAAGCUUUUUUCAACAACGUUGAUGGAAUCUACACCACUGAUUUUCCUGACCAACCACCAUUGAUAUUUGACUACACUAAUGCAAAUAACAGCUUAAAUCAAUCCCUUUUAAUGACAACAAAGUCAACAAAAGUGAAGAAAGUCAAGUUUAAUGCAACGGUUGAGAUGGUGAUGCAGAACACAGCUUUGAUUGGUGUGGAAAAUCACCCUAUACACUUGCAUGGAUUCAACUUCUAUGUGUUGGCUCAAGGGCUUGGCAACUUUGAUCCUGUAAACGAUCCAAAAAAGUUUAAUUUUGACAAUCCACAAAAGCGUAAUACUAUCGCUGUGCCGGUCGGAGGGUGGACUGUUAUUAGAUUUCGAGCUAAUAAUCCAGGUGUAUGGCUGAUGCACUGUCACUUUGACGUACACUUGCCGUGGGGCCUGGCCACCGCUUUCGUCGUUGAGAAUGGAGGAACACCGUCAUCUACCCUGCCUCCGCCUCCCCUUGAUCUACCUCAUUGCUAG